AUGAUCCCAAUUCUUACUGUCCAAGAUGUGGCUAGACAAUUCAGACCACCAGGAUUAUGGCUAAAUAUUCAGCAUGAUGCAUUCUUCAGCCAACAUAAUUUGAGUAUGAGAAGCUUUGUAAUUUCUGCAUCAAGAAGUGUUGUCGUCAAUUAUAUUUCCUCACCAGAAGGCGAUGUGGAGCCUUCAACCAACCAAACUUACGGUUCUCUUUUAAAGAAUCUAACAUUUAUUAAGACAUUUGCCUCUGGAAUUCUUGUUCCCAAAUCUUAUAUAUGGCCUGUGGAUGGAAAGCAAUAUUUACUGCCUCAUACUUCUGUUGUUUUGGAUGCUCAUAAAGAGGGUCUAGAGGUUUUUGCUUCAGAUUUCAAUAAUGAUGUACCUUUUCCCUACGACUACAAUUACGAUCCUGUGGCUGAGUACCUGUCUUUUGUUGAUAAUGGCAACUUCUCCGUGGAUGGUGUGCUCUCUAGCUUCCCACUAACUCCAUCAGAAGCCAUUGGUUGCUUCUCUCACUUGGGCAAAAAUAACAAAAAACAAGCAAACCCUUUAAUUAUCUCAUUCGAAGGGGCAAGUGGAACCUACACUGGUUGUACUGAUUUGGCAUAUACACAAGCUGUUUCAGAUGGUGUAGAUGUUCUUGACUGUCCCGUUCAAAUGACAGAGGAUGGAAUACCAUUUUGCUUGGGCUCUAUUAACCUUAUUGAAAGAACCACAGCUGCUGAAUCAAGUUUCAGCAACCGUACAGCAAAUAUUCCAGAACUUGGAAUAGUCAAUGGAAUAUUCACCUUUGAUCUCACCUGGAGCCAGAUUCAAAGUUUGACACGUAAGUUGAAGCCUGUUCUUUCUUUCCUGUUAUCAGGUGUAGGAAUCUUCAGCCUUCUCACAACCCCCUUCCAAUUCUGUGAUGAAGCAUCCUAA